UUUAACGUGACGCCACAGCUUGCGCCUUCUUGUCCUGACGCCUUAAGUUCGCGGGCUGUGUGUCAGUAGCUUCCUGGUGGAGACUAUAGUGAGGGCGGCUGCCGGUUAUACCUAAGUUUUCUUUCGUGUAAUUUAGACUACCGGCUUUGUUCGGUUUUUGGAAGGCUCCGGUUGACGCCACUCUGCUGUGUACAAUUUGUGAGGUUAAAAGCAGGCCCUGAGUUGCAGUAAUGGCGUCCUCUAUGUCCCGAAUGCGCGCUGUGGGAGCCCGUGCUCGCGUAAAUGACGCUAUUGUUGUAGAUUAUAAAAAUGGUUUAUAUGCUUCAAGAGAACUAGACAACUUUGGUGGCCCAUCCUAUGCAAGGCAAAACACAAGUGACAGCAAAUUUUCCAGGUUUGGACCUUAUGAGUCUUAUGACUCUAGGUCUUCUCUGGUUGGGCGAGAUCUGUACAGAUCUGGCUAUGGUAAUAGUGAUCUCAAACGCAACAGCUUCGGAGAUAGUUUUGGUGAUCGCUAUGAAAACUACCGGAAUAGCCUUGACACUUUUGAAGGUAGAAACCAGGGCAGGUCUAGCUGGGAAUCUCCUUACUCACGUGAAGCAUUGAGGAAUGAUUAUAUGGAUGGCAGAGGAAGAGACGAUUACUCUUCCUACGGCAGAGUUUCUUCACCCUACAAUAAGCCUGCAGCUGUAGGCUCUCUGGGGAGAGGAAUGCCUGGUUUUCCUGGCAGUGCAUUUGGCAGCAGAAGCUUUGCUGCUUUUGGAGGACCAUCACCAGGCAGAGGUCGUGGCAGAGGACAAAGGGGAGGAUAUGCUAUAAAAGCUGGAGCUGAAAGAGGUGCAAAACGGAAGAAUGUGCAGCCUUCCAAGCCUUCUGAAAAUCCUGUAAAGCGACAAAAAGUGGUAAAAUCUGGACCAGCUCAAACUACCAAAAAAAAUUCUCCACAAGUGAAGAAUGAUGCUGAGGAAGAACGCCACACUGAACUACGGAAAGAGCUGCAGAGGCGCAAGAGGGAGAAGUACAUUGAGAAAUAUGGUGAUGGAUACUGGAUGGCAUUCACAUGUUCAUUUUGCAAAUUUCGAUCUUUUGAUGAGAAAGGCAUCGAUGAACAUUUAAAUAGUGAUUACCACAAGGAAAUGCUAAAUCAUAUUCAGAAGCAAACAAAGUUUGACCAGACUGCUAUUGACUUUCUUCAUGAAAGUAUUGUAAAUAAGUACAAGAAAAUGGCAGCUCGCAAAGCUUCUUCUCAGAGUGGCUCUUCAAACCAAGUGCAAAAAGAUAUGAUGGAAGGUAUUACGAUUGAGGAUCACAUGGUCAAAGUUGAGACAGUGCAUUGCAGUGCCUGCAAUAUUUAUGUUCCUGCUGUACACAUUUCUGUACAGUUGCAUCAGAAAUCUCCUGAACAUUUAAAGAACAAAGCGACUUACAGGGAACAAAUAAAACGAUCAAGUGUUUUUACUGCUACUAGUAUCUUGAACAAUCCAGUUGUGAAGGCACGAUAUGAAAUGUUCUUGAAGGGUGAAAAUCCCUUUGAGAGUCGGGAACCUGAUGUGACUGCUGAUAUGGACACUGGUGCAGAGGGUGAUGUGCAUGUAGACACUGAAGAUGCUGACGUAGAAGAUGCUGACGUAGAAGAUGCAGAAGCAGCAGCUGAAGCAUUAUAGUCAUAAAUAUUUCAUAUGGUCAUCAGUGGCCGUUUAAUAUGACUAAAAUGUUAUCAAAACAAUGUUAAUCCCCAUUUUUAAUAGUUUUUAGAUUUUUAAUUUUUUUUAUUUUGCAGUUUGCAUUAUGCAUAUAUUCCAAUUUAACGUCUUUCUGAUGUACAUAAAAUGUUUUAGCUUGUUUCAUUGUUAUUUGAACGUUUUUAGUUCUAUUGCUCGUUUUGUUUUCUAGCAUACACCUGAAAAUACAGAACCAUCUUUGCCUGAAUUGUAGCUUCUGUGUUUGUACACUUUAAUUUCUAGCAUGCUUUGACCAAAGCUGUGAUAUGAUCUGUUUUUGUUUCCUCUUGCCAUUUAGAUAAUGCUGAUCUACUGAUUAAAAAUAAAGAUCUGAUUUUGUUAAUGUAAA